AUGUUGUUCUCCAAACAGCGUUCCAAAACAGAGGCUCCUCGGGAGAAGGCUUCCAAUCAGUCAAGUGAGGGCCAUGGGGGUCAGGAGUCCCAGCACAAACCAUCAAAAGCUACACCCCGUCGGUGGUUUUCAACUUUUCGUCCCAAGACACAACUUCGCAAGGAAAGUCUUGCGUCGCGUUCAAGUCACGGUGGCUCGAAUAAUCAAAACGAUGCUGAGCUCAAUGAGAAACGACGUACGCUCAUACUACCUACCCCUCCAUUACACGCUCACGACGUCCUGUUGUUCUCAAUACUAACGUGUCGCCAUGCAGGCCGCUCUGUUAAUGUGAAUCACCGGAGAAGCCUCAGCAAUGUCUUCAAGACAGUCAAAGCUAAAUACUCUCGCGAUAAGCUAGACAAAAACGAACCUGACAGCCGUGAAACAGAGGUGACGGAAGCCUUAGAAUCAGCUUCACCAAUUACCAAGGAGCUCAUCACACCCAAAUUGGAGCCGAGACAAGUCUCGCCUCCUCCUCGUCUAGAUGUCUUAUCUGAUUAUUCUUCUCAUGACUCGUCGGCAGAGCCCUCUACGUUUCGUGCAGGUCUGGAAAAAGCAGUUGCUGACAUCAACAUUAAGUACGAAACGCCAUCCAACUCGCACUUGAUGGAGAGUAUGACAGAUACAGGAGUCAAAAGACUGACGAACGCUACUUCACUACCAUUCUAUGCCAGAGGUUCUUUCCGUCCUCGGUAUCAGCUGCCUACGUUUGUGGAUGCUCCUGUCAAGACUGCACAAUCUACAGCAGGAGAACUGCAGCUACUCUCACCAAGAGUGUCGACAGAGUCUGUCCGAAUAGGCACAAAGGGUGUUAAAGGCGCCGAUGAAGGAGGUUGCCAUUUGCCCACUCUUUUGCUCGAUGGAGUCUUGGGCCCAAGCUUCGAUUUUGGAGAAUUUAUGACACCGCAACAAACGGCCGAGCCAACUGUCUCCAGUGAAAUAGGAGACUGCCUUGCAAAAGAUUCGGCUUCAUCUGAAAACUCGAUAGGGACCGUCGUUUGCGAACACGACGCAAACAAUAAUAUUGAGCUCGAGACAGAUUCAAAUGCUAAGCAACUCGACCCAGGCACAGCGGCCUCAACGGCCUCAACGGCCUCCAAAGACAGCCUGGUACCCUCAGUCGCAUUGACAACUGCAACCAACAAAGAUGAUGUGGCGUCUCCCCCUGCCGAACAAGUAUGCCAACACCGUCGCUGCCGCUCCAACAGUGAUCAACCAUUACGCAGCUUCUCCGGGUCCAACUUCGGGAGUUUUGAUCAUCAGAGUCUAAUAUCGGAGAUUUCCAGUACUGAAGUCAGGCGUCUUCGUUCCAAGAGCACCUCUGAUAACUCAGAGAGUUAUUCCGAAAUUAUUUUGAACCCCCGCCAGGCUUCUGGGAGCAGUCAAGUUUCCGUGUCUCACGAGGAGAACAUUCCUUCCGUCUCUGAGCUAGUCAGCAAGUUUCGGCGCAUGGGGUCACUGCCUGGCAAAUUUCCCACGAAUUCGGCUUUGGAGAACCCCAAUCCACAUCCAGCAUUGAGGAAAGUAUCACGAGGAAAACAAUUUGAAACAUAUCGGAGUCGUUUUUCAAACGACUCGGAAGGGGACUCGGGGCUAAUGUCCAGUGCCGAAGAACCAACUGACUGCUUACAGCUGGUUAUCCCUAAAACCGGGGUACGGGAUCACAAUCUUCUGACCUCCGAGGACGCGGGAUCUGAAAAAACGGACGAAUGA